AUGCUUGUGCGCCGUGUACUCUCCAGAAAUCAUGAGAGAAGCAAGAAGCAGCAAAAUCACCACGCGCACCACCCCAUCCUCUAUCCUCUAUCCAAUCACACCACCAACCCACUCACCCUCCACCAGGUGCACAAACUCUGCCAAGAAGCCGCCCCCCAGAUCCUCUCCGACUUCAAGCCCAACCUGAUGAUCGCCAUCGGCGGCGGCGGCUACGUCCCCGCGCGCAUCCUCCGCUCCUUCCUCAAACAGCCCGGGACGCCCAACAUCCCCAUCCAAGCCAUCGGCCUCUCGCUGUACGAGUCGCUCGGCACGGAUUCCGAAAUCGAAGCGCCGGGCACAAAAGUCACGCGCACGCAAUGGCUCGACCUGUCCUCGCUCGAGAUGGCGAAUCUGAUCGGCAAGAACGUGCUGAUUGUCGACGAGGUCGACGACACGCGGACGACGCUCGAGUAUGCGGUGCGCGAGCUGGAGAAGGAUGUCGAGGCUGCGGUGCAGAAGUUGGGGAGGCAGGGGGAGACGACCAAGUUUAGCAUUUUUGUGCUGCAUAACAAGGACAAGGGGAAGAAGGGGAAGCUGCCGCAGGAGAUUUUGGAGGGGCGGUAUAGUGCCGCGAGGACGGUGGGGGAUGUGUGGAUCAACUAUCCGUGGGAGGCUACGGACAUUGACGAGCAUGACCGCUUGUCCAGGGAGCAGGAGUCGAAGUAG